GCAUAUCUUCUUCCAUUCUUAUCUUCUUAAGAACCCACAAAACUACUUACACUAACAUGCCUACUUCGUCUUCUCUCUCUCUUGCAAACAAUGAACACUUGCAAGAGCUUAUCGGAUCUGCUCGACCUUUCCUUCGAGAAAAUCUCGAGUCAGUUGACAAGAACUUGCCAACCCUCUUGACAAUCUUACGCUCAGCCGGUGCUGGAGAAUGCUGGCACCGACUAGGCACUUUUCUUGACCACCUUUACCAUGUUUAUCGUAUCCUUAAACUAUGGAAGGCACCAGACAGUGUUUGUCUUUUCGGCCUUUUCCAUUCAGUUUAUUCCAACUCAUAUCAUGACCUUGCAAUCUUUGACCCCGUGACUGACCGUGAGACUGUUCGCAACCAUGUGGGUUCGGUUGCUGAAUGUUUGAUUCACUUGUUUUGCAUAGUACCUCGCCAUACUCUCAUUCAUGAUGAUCUUGUGUUUCGUUACACUGAUUCGGAGCUCCAGGAACAUCUCCAAGCUUCUGAACUUUCUUUGAGAAACCUCAAAGAGAAAGCUGGAAGUUCAAUGAAAGAAGAAAUCUGGAGGAAGAAGUUGCAGGCAAUUGUUCCAGCCAACGGAAUCAAAGUGAAGCACAUCCGAACAGGAGAGCCAGUGGUUCUUCCAAGAAGGGUACUAGCUGUUUUCCUUCUAAUGACCAUAGCUGAUUUUGGUGACCAGUAUUAUGGUUAUCAAGAUGCGUUGUAUGACAACACUGAUGGUCGCUUGGAGUUCACCGGGAACAUCAAUUUUGACACGUUAUGGCCUGGAAAUGGAAAACCAGGACUGUAUUUGAACCUGAUAUCGAAAAUGGCAGCUAUUUACACUUCGUUAGUUCGAGAAGAAGAGAUCUUUAUCGAAGAACGUAAAAGAGACCACUAUGCAAAUGGACUUUCAGGUGAGGACAGAGAUGAAGACAUAGAAUUAGUGAUUCCACCUAUUUUCGACAGAUGCACCAAGAUUGUUGAUCCAGGUGAGCUGAUUAUGGCCAGAGACUUGUACUGGGAGGCUGUUACUGAUGAAGGAUCAAAGAAGGAAAAGGGUGAAGAGUUGUUAAUCAAGUGCAUUGAGAAGAACCCAUAUGUGGGGGAGCCGCAUGUGUUACUGAGUCAGUUUUAUAUAAGCAGAGGGAGGUUUGAAGAGAGUGAAAAAGAGGCCACAAAGGGUUUAAGCCUUUUGUUGGAAUGGGGGUGUCCAUGGGACAAAAGGAUCUCAUGGGAAGGUUGGGUUUCUUGGAGCAGGGUCAUGUUGAGCAAGGCGAAAGAAAGGACCUGGCCAAAUACUUCAUGGGGAAUCAUUAGUUUGGGUCUUGUCAAGUAAAUCUUACUGGUAGUCUGGUAGCAAUAGUGUGAGCUUGGUUACCAGUAAAAAUAUAUUUACCAUGCAUAUUUGUGUCAAAAGUUUGUGCUUGGUAAGGAAUAAACAAUUACUGUAUGUUUGGGAAUUGAUUAAUCAAUAUGUAAGCUUUAACUCA